AUUGAGAUAAAAUUUUGGGAAAUACUCCGACAAAUAUGGAUAAAAAUAUAAAUCAAGAAGAUCUUCUGACUGUUCCUGAUGGAUGGAAAGAACCAGAAUUCAAAAAAGGGGACAAUCCUUACGGAAUGGCCGAUGAAAGUACAUUUGCAACACUUUUUCCGAAAUACAGAGAAAAAUACUUGCAAGAAAUAUGGCCUUUGGUUAAAAAUCAUUUGAAGGGAUAUAACAUAGAAGCUGAACUGGACCUGAUUGAAGGUUCUAUGACAGUGAAAACGACAAGAAAAACUUGGGACCCCUUUUCAAUUAUAAAUGCUCGGGAUAUGAUUAAAUUAUUAGCAAGGAGCAUUCCUUUUGAACAAGCGUGCCGGAUUUUCGAAGAUGACGUUGCAUGUGAUAUCAUCAAAGUUGGGUCGUUGGUGCGAAAUCGUGAGCGAUUUGUCAAACGCAGACAAAGACUUUUAGGACCUAAUAAUUGUACAUUGAAAGCUUUAGAACUUUUAACUAAAUGCUACAUAUUGGUACAAGGAAAUACAGUAACUGCCCUUGGGCCACACAGAGGCCUUAAAGAAGUUCGCAAAGUUUCAAUUGACACAAUGAAAAAUAUACACCCUGUAUAUAACAUUAAAUCUCUCAUGAUAAAACGAGAACUUUCCAAAGAUGAUAAACUGAGGAAUGAAUCCUGGGAACGCUUCUUACCAAAGUUUAAAAGUAAAAAUGUGAAAAGAAAAAAGAAACCCAGAAGAGAGAAACCAUACACACCUUUCCCUCCUCCACAACAAGAAAGCAAAAUGGACAAAGAAAUUGCUUCUGGGGAAUAUUUUCUUAAAGAAAAAGAGAGAAGACAUAAAAAAUUAGAAGAAAGAAAAGCAAAAGAAAUAGAUUCUGCAAUUAAACAAAAGCAAAAAAGAGAAAAGGCUUUUAUUCCUCCGAAAGAGCCCACUCCAUCUAAAAGUGCACUCAAUCAAACAAAAAUUGCUAUUAAACGUAACAGUAACGAUGUUGAUAUUGAUUCCUUGAAAAAGAAAAUAAAAAAAGCUAAAGUAACUAAAAAAGCAUAAUCAAAGAAGAUUUUAGAAUAAAACUUUAAAUUCCAUUCUGAAUAUCUGAAUAAAACGAAUUUAUCGAAAGAAGAGAAUAUCAGUUUUUUCAUUUGCUCCCAAAAACAUGUUUUUUUUACUUCUCUCCCUUGCUUGAUAAUUGCUAAGAGCUAGGCUUUUAGUCUUAGCAGCUAGACGUGAGCUUAGGCUUAUAUCUCUAUGCUUUAUAUUUGUUUUAUUAUGGGGAUAAUGUGGGUAAACAAUGUAUUCAUGAUCAAAUUCAUCUGCCACAUAAAAGGUUUCUUUUUAAAUGCAGCUCUCGUUAAUUUUAAUGGGCUUUACAUACCUACAGGCUAAAGUACAAUAAGAAUUUAUCAUUAUGGAAUGUUAUUACGAAUUGUUUAUUUUUAUAAUAUUUCAGACAAUAUUAAAAACCUAAAAUAUUGUUUUUCUAAUGCUCAUGCUCCCAAAAGUAUGUUCAUUAAUGGUUUAAUAGUAACAAAAGAAAAUUUGAGGAAUGUAAAUUCUUUUCAUCAAAGCAAGAAUUAUGAAUAUAGGCAUAUAUUUUGUUUGAUCCAUUUUUUUAUGCUUUUUACGUCAAUAGGAGAAAUGACAUUUCUCGGAUUGUUUGCUAUUCCUAUAGUAUUGAAAUGUUAUGACAUGGGCAGCUAUUUCAUAAUAAUGCACUGAAUAGUUUAUUACUGAGGAAUUCCUAAUAUUUGAACCAGUAAUUUCAUAGCUCGAUUGUACCUUUCAUUAUAGUCUGUAACUAUUUUAAUUCGGGUUGGCACAAUAGCAUAGUACAGUAGUUGUAUUGACAUUUUGAUCUAAUACCGUGCAACGUUCACUCUCUCGUUUAUAUUUUGGGGUCAACGCACCUAAAAGUUUGGUAAUUUUAACAUACUGACUGUUUCCUGUAUGAGUUUAUCGAUGCGUGAAAAUGUCGCACACCUGUUACUAUACUUAGCAUUGUCGUAAUUUGAGAUAUUAAUUUGGAUUUUGAAGUCAUGAAUCACUGUUUCAAUUUGUACAAACUAGCAAUUAUGAUAUUAGACACAAAUUUCUUGUAAUCUACUAUAAUGGUGCUUGCUGUGUUACAGUCAGACAACUUUGAAAUUUAAAAUUUAGGUUUUAAAUUCUAUAAAGUGGAUUGAUUUGUUUUUGUUUAUGUGGUUGAAAAAACUAUACCUUAUUAUGGUAUUUUAAGGUCAUUGGAAAUAUCAUGAAUUGUGACUUAACAAUUCUCAUUUCCUAUUAUAUAUGUUUCAAAAUUUGUCUGGUGAAGGGACGGCAUGAAAACGAAUAUUCCCCUAUUCUGAAUACAUUCUGGAAAAAUAGUUCUGAAUAUGGAGUAUCGAAUACAUUUUAAAUUGGGGGCAAGUUCAUGUGGAAAUUUCAUGAAUCACUAAUCUUCAUGUUGAUCCCAUCUCAAACGAAGUUUUCUCUUAUUUUCUAAUUUUCGAAUAAAAAUGUUAUUCCUAAAAUCCAAUUUUUUUUAUAUCAAUCAUAAUGAAAUUUGAAUGUAUUGGAAUAUUUGAUUCAUUUUGGACAUCCAAGUAAGUUUUCAAAGAUGAAUUGUGAACUCCACAAUAAAAUUGAAUCUUGUCUUAAAUGGUAAUUUUGCAUUUUGUAAUCGUCAAUCUUUCAAGUCAACACGUCCUUUUGCAUUUCCUUUAACAUGAGCCAAACGCAUGCCAUCCCAGUUUAUCAUAAUAUACGUUCGGUCACGUCAUUAUGCAUGAAAUGACACAAAUGAAAGCUGUCCAGCUGUGUCUAUAAAAUAUUUAAUGCAAUGCCUCUGCUUCUGAAAAUAUUAAGAGAAAAUUUCACGCCGAAGCUAAUAACACAUGCAUUUGCUCUACAAUUUCUUAAAAUGUCAAGUUUUAGUGCAUUUGAAAAAUUGUAUUUAAUCUUGAAUAGUAAUAUAUGAACUGUUACGAAUAUUGCUGAAAUCCACAAAUUGGAACCUGCGAUAAUAAUAAGGAAUCAAUCAGAAAUUUGAGAAUGCUUCAAUAAACUCCUUUUUAUUAAUACAUGUGUAUGUAUUAAAUUAUUCAUUUCCCAACACAUAUUAUGAAAUUCAUUCAAUUUUGUUGCAUGGAGUAUGUCAUUGAUGUACAACACUUCAAUCAUAUUUUCAAUAUUUUCUACAAUUGUGCAAAGGCAAAUCUGUUCCUAUGUGUUGUACGAACUUUUUGUUAGGACGAUAUACAGGGUGUCCAUAAAGUACCUUAACAAUUUCAAUUUUGUUAUGAAGUCAGUUCUCAAUAUAUCUUAUUAACCAGGUUUGUUAAUUUUAAUCAGUGAUUGUUCAGGUGUUUUUACUUCAUUUAAUACAUCUGUGAGGGCCAAAACAAUAUACGUUAUCAUUCCCUUUAUUAUUUAAAAAAAAAAUUAGGACUUGCUGGUCACCCCAUUUUAUGGGAAACAUUAAAUACAUUUACGGCAUGCUCAAUAUGCCAUUAACAUCUAAGCGUUUCAUGCUAAUCGUUGACUGUUUUUCUGACAAUAAUUUUUUGAGCAUUACUCUCUUACAUAAAGUGUGGAUAAAAAUUACUUUUUGAACUUU